AUGGAAUCAUAUAGCACCUAGCAAAGAUUAAUAUACUCAUAUGCCAUUUUAGAAGUGAUGUAGUUUCUAGACAAAAAGGAACUUUACAGAAUUUAAAUCUUAGAAAAGUAUUUCUAUGAUAAAUUGAUACCAAAUUGUAUCAAAGAGAUGAAAUCAUGGAAUUAGCAAGCAUGUUAUAUCGCUUUUGAAAAAUCGUAGUUCUUUUAUUUUCUUGACAGAAAUACACUUAAAUGGGAUUAAAAGAAAGUUAAUUUGGUGACUAAAAAAGGGAAAAUUUAGACCAGUUUUAGAUUCGAUGAGAUGUGGGCUAAAGUAUUGCAAAUCUAAGAUGAAAUCUAUUUUAUAGGAGGCAAUUUAUAUUUUCACUAUUCUUCUAAAUAAUGCUACAGAUUGAAUUUGAAAAACCAAAUGAUGCAUGAGAUAACAUCACUGUCAAAGCAAAGAUAUGGACAUGGUUUGUGUCAUCUUGGCUAGUAUAUUUAUGCAACUGGAGGUGUCGAUAACUAUAGUAUUUAUCUUGAUCAUUGCGAAAGGUAUGAUCUGCUUAAUAACACUUGGGAAGACAUUCCAAAAUUUGAUUGUCCCAUUUUUUCUCAUUCAUUGAUUUCUGUGAGGAAAAGAUAUUUAUAUUCUUUUGGAGGAAUGUAUGAAAAGCCAGAAGCUUAUAAAUAUUAAGAGAGAUUAAUGAGAUUGGAUACUCAUAAAAUAGGUCGAGUUGAAUGCAAUUGGGAAUACUUCGCAUUUCCUUCAGAAUUCUAAUAAGGUUGUUAAUACCAAGUCUAUUAAAUGCCUUAGUUAAGCUAAAAUGGAUAGAUCUAAGAGUACAUUAUUUUUGGAGGAGUUGGUUUAUAAAAUAAUGUUCUUAAUAGAGUCUCUAUAUUUUCCGAAAACUUAAAAGUUAUUUAAGAUAGUAAAUUUAGCUCAUCUUCGGAAAAACUUAAGAUUAUUGAUCGAUUUUAUUAUAACUAAGCAAUUUCUCUCGAUCGAAAUGUUGUUUUAGAAGAGUAUGAGAAUGAACUCAAAAAAAAUGAUAUUAAAACAUAAGAUAUAGGGCAUUAGCUAAUAGGAGCUAUGGGAAGAUUUGCAUUUCAUGUGAUUGAUUUAGACAAUUAAAAGAUUAUAAUUGGUGAUAAGUCUAAAGGAUAUGUUAAUCAUUUGUCACAAAGAUAAGAUGAUAAUGAUGAUGAGGAAGAUUUUAUAGAAUAUUAUGAUUGA